AUGGCUUAUUACUUAGCCGACGACAUUUAUCCAAAGUGGGCAACUUUUAUUCAGGGUAUCACAUACCCUCAACUUCAGAAGGAUAAAAUGUUCGCUGACCACCAGGCUGCUGCUCGGAAGGACGUUGAAAGAGCUUUCAGCGUUUUGCAAGCUCGAUUUGCAAUAAUACGAAAACCAUCACUGGCGUACGAUGAGGACAUACGGCGGGACAUAAUGAAAGCAUGUAUCAUUAUGCACAACAUGAUUGUUGAAGAUGAGCGACACAACUACACUCGAGCCGAAGUUCUAAGAAGCUUCUACAAAGAAGAUCAACAAAAUUUAACAACAGCAUCAACGUCUACAACGCCACCGUUUGAAUUCAACGUAGGCCGACCUACCAACUUUGACUUUAACUCAUUUCUACAACGAAAAGCUUCCCUCCGUGAUAGAAAAACUCAUUUCUACAGUCGAACAUAUUUGGUUACAAUACGGGCCAACUAA